AGAAGGUUACAGAGGUAUAAAUACAAGCAGUUACAAAUCGAGAAGUCAUUUGUUAACAUGUCUUCAAAUAGAGCGGUUCAAGUAAACAAACUUGCGGCAAUAGUGAGAGAAAAGUACAAAGCUCUUAGAAGAAUGCAAGCAGAUGAAAAAGAACUUCUACAGUCAACGUUUAAACCAAUAACUACUCCUCUUAAAGAAAUAACCAAUUAUAUGAAUAAAAAUGUUCCUAAACCAGAUCUCAACGAAGAUGACUCACAAACUAAUCAACCAUCACAGACCAGUGACGACGAACCUCUACAUAUACAAACAUCGUAUAACCCUUAUUUAGAAACAUAUACGCAAGAUUUAGGGAAUACUGACCAGAUCUUUGGCCCCACGUUUAACUGGGAGACGGGUGAAUGGGAGUUUGGAAAUCACACCAUUCAGUUCGGUAAAGAUAGCAUUAAAAUGGAUUCACACAUUUUUAAAGCUACACCCGGCCUGUACGAACUGAUUUUCUCGAAGGAACCUACACAAUAUACUCUAGCCGAUCAAAAAAUUUACAAAACUCUUCUAGACGAAUCCGGAGUGCAUAAAGAUGACCGUGGACGUCUACGUCACCAAUCUCGCACAACAAAAUACGAAAAAAUUAUUAAGCCAAUGUAUCUAGGAAAAAGAAGAACACAGGUCUUACAUGGCACCGCAAAAAAUGUCGAACCCGACGCAGAAAAUACAUCAGACAUACAACAACAGGGUAAAAGAAGACAUAUAUCACAGAAGGAACAAGAUGCAAAGAACAUGCAGAUACAAGGUUCAAAGAUACGUCACCAAUCUCACACAACAAAAUAUGAAAAAAAUAUUAAGCCAAUGUAUCUAGGAAAAAGAAGAAGAAGAACACAGGUCUUACAUGGCACCGCAAAAAAUGUCGAACCCGACGCAAAAAAUACAUCAGACAUACAACAACAGUGUAAAAGAAGAUAUAUAUCACAGAAGGGACAAGAUGCAAAGGACAUGCAGAUAAAAGGUUCAAAGAUAAACCGUGAUGAUGUUCCCUCCAGACCUCUUGAAACACGGGAUCGUGAUAUAGCAAAUAAGCAGGUACUUAACGAACUGCAAGAAAUAUGGUUUCAGUAUAACAAAUAUGGUGAUCCGAACAUGCUUGUGAAAGGGCUUAAAAUUCUUUCAAAAGCCGAUGCUUUAACCGGAAAAGAAGCAGCUGAAAUUAUAGAAGAACUGAAGUACCUAGAUAUUAUUGACUAAUAACAGACACAUACUUCAAGAAAACAAGAAAUUUUAGAACAAUCAAGAAAAACUUCAGAAUUUAAGUUCAUCUUAAUAACAGAUAACAUAUCCGACCUUCAAGAAUGAAUAUACUAAAGUUCUGUGUUUUAUACGUAUUAAUUUUUAACAAAUAAAAUAUUAUAGAUUUUAUUUAGCGUACCUUUUAUUAUAUACAUACCAGUUCAUCGAUUGCACACGUCACUACCUUUAAAAGGAGCGAUGACAUCACCUAUCCUAACUGGCUUUAACAGCCUAAACUAUAAAAAAAAUAUUAGAAGUCACAGGUGUUCAUAGAGGAUAUUUGAGACAUCAAGCAUUCCCGGAUAAAUUUAAUAAGAUCAUAAAACCUUUGUUUAAAAAUAACUCAAACAUGCGUCGAAGCCCCUGUGAAAAUGUUCGGAAAACUAAGAAAAAACAUAGUAAGAGUGAUGAACGCUCUGACCGACAAUUUAAACAGCGCACAAGCAUAGAUUACAAGACAUCAUCGUUUAACCAUUAU